CUCUGCCAAGCCCUGGGUUUCCGUUUCCUGAGGCUCAAAACACUUCUUCCCCUGCCCUACAUGGGCAGCUCAGACAGGUCCAGAGAAGAAAGAUAGAAGACCUCUGAGCCUGGGACUAACAACUGCCUCCUUUCUCAGUAGGAGCCCCAACACCGAGAUCUGGUAAGAGGAGAAUCUUCUGGGCUGGGGAAAGAAAAGCAGUGAAGAUGGGAAGUUAUGGUCAAGUAGAUCGAACAUGAACACCUCAGAAGAAAAGAUGGUGCUAGAUCUUCUGGGAUGCUUUCCUCACCUCCUAUUGCUGCUGGGAGUAUGGGGGCCAGUGAAUCCACUUUUUGCUUUGCCUAAUAUUAUCACCAGGGCUCAAUGGUUUAAAAUCCAGCAUUUACAGCCAAGUCCUCUCCCAUGCAACAGGGCAAUGAGUAUUGUCAACAAAUAUACCCAGCACUGUAAGCCUGAAAACACCUUUCUUCAUGACUCCUUCGAGAACGUGACUGCUAUCUGUGACUUGCCCAGAAUCAUCUGCAAGAAUGGCCGAUACAACUGCCACAAGAGCCCAAGGCCUAUUAACAUGACUAAUUGCAGCCUCACUACAGGAAAUUAUCCUAACUGCAGCUACAGCAAUGCUGCCCUGUACAAGUUCUUCGUUGUUGCCUGUGACCCCCCUCAGCCGACAGACCCUCCCUAUCAUUUGGUUCCUGUGCACUUAGAUAAGAUCGUUUAAAUUUUCUGUCACUUUUCCCCUCACUUGGCACAGGUUCUGUUAUGAUCUCUUCUGCUUUUUCUUUUCUUCUGUUGCUUUCCCUGGUUCCUACAGAAGGAAGAAGAAAGGUAUUGGAAGAAUUAGCCAGAUAAGAGUUGGGACAAAGAGAAAUAAUUUUUCUCUCCUUUGGAUCUCUGUGUGUUUUGAAGGAAGGCAAUAGGAAAGAGGCAAAGAAGGGUCCAGGCCUCCAGAUUUUUAAAUUUGAGACUUUGCCAAGCUUUGCUGCACUGUAUUCAAGGCAAUAAAACCUCUUUCUGUGCAUUCUAA